AUGUCGGGGGACAGCCGGGACCGUGCUGCGUCCGAGACAACUGCUGUUCGCCUCUUCCAAGGUGCCAGUGGCAUCAAUCGGCUCAUUGAAGGUGCCCACCCGAUGCUCCACCCGUCUCCAUGA